AUGAAGGAUGACGUUGAUGUGACAGAUGUAUUACAUGCAAAAGUUGACCAAAUGAAUGCUGAGGUGGAGAAAAUGAAGCAAGUGCUUCAGGCAAAAGAAGCUGUUCUUGAGGAUGUACUUUGUAGCAUUAAUCAACUCCCAAGACAUCCAUUCAAUACGGUCCUGAUUAAAAAUAUUUUGAAGUCAGAAGUGAAGCAACCAGAAAGUUCUAAUUUGAAUGGUUUCAAAUGCUGCAUUAUUUGGAGUGCAUUGUUUCUAGAGAAUAUUUGCAUCGCCAUUGAAGUGGAAAAUGAUACACACCAUGCUGUAUUACCUUCAUGUGCCGCAAUUUGCAACUGUGAUUUGUCAGAUACAAUAACUGUCAUUUUUGAUGGUUUGCUAACAACUCAAUACAUUCCCGCUGAAAGUAAACGAACAUUAUUGGUUAGUUUUCGAAAAGGACUUUUGCUUAGCAAGGAAAUAAUACUGGUACUAGAUUGUGAUUUUGUAACCGUAUCAGAUUCAUACUCGGACUUGGCUAUAGUAUCCUUUUUUUCAUCGGACAUUCGCAGCAAGCAAACGCGGAUUGUAAAUAUUCUUAACUUUGACGAACCAUUGGAAAAAUUUUCGUUAUCUGAAAUGGACGAUCUCUCUUUAAAAGAAGGAAUGAAAUUAUAUCAGUGCCUAUAUGCUUGUCAUUUUUCGAUGCCGCUCAAUAUUGCUCCGUCCUAUUUGCGCAUUCUUAUUCGCAAUAUUGGAAAAUUUAGAGAAGUAGAUUUUGAAAUGAAUGUGAUGUGCAUCGUUUCACAGAAAUUUUGGAUGAUUUCAACAAGAACUAUGAGAUUACAUGAUAUGGAUUUGGAUCGCUCACAGAUGAAUGUAAAUAUUGUCAUCGAAUGGAUUAUAAAUGUAUUCGAAUACAGAAAUGAAAAUAUUCAAUCUAAUGACAAAAUGGCUUUUUGUAAAGGAAAAUUACCGGAAUAA